UUCAAUUUUUAAGGCUUUGUUAUUUUGAAAAUAGGGUUUUGUUAUUUUGGAGUUUAAAAAGAUUUUGGGAUAUUGAGAUUGAGAUUUUGGAAUUCUGCAAGAUUGUCAGAUUGUGAGAUUAAGAUUUUGGAAAUUGUGAGAUGAUAGGAUUUAAAUUUUUGAAGUUUAGAAAAUUGUGUGAUUCAGAGAUUGAGAUUUUAGAAUUGUGAGACUGACAUUAUGGGAUUGGAAGAUUGAGGUACUUGAAAAUUAGAAAAUUGAGAAAUAGGAAUUUUAGAAGAUUAGGAUUUUGGAAUUUUCAAGUUUUACAAGUUUCUAACUUUGAAAUUCUUCCUAACCUUCUAAAAUCACAAGAGAAAGACUUGAAAAUCCCAUAAGCAGCCCAACAAAAUUUGCCAUUAACAUUCCCUCAAACAUUUCUCACAAUUAAAAAAUAAUUGCACUAUGUAAAACUACCUAAACCUAACCAAGCUAAAACCUAACCUAACCUCCAAUAAUUGGCAAUUAUUGACACAGUAAAAAUGUCUAGAACGCAAAAGAACGAAUUAAUAAUUUCCUGAGUCACGACAGUUGAAUUACCUAAUGUACAUUUUAAUUGCACGAUGAGAGUCACUGAUGAUAUCGCAAACGAUUUAUUCACGCAAAAGCAGAACGUUUUGUCUGGUCGUGCAGACGAUGAUCACCUGCAGCCGGGAUUCGUUCGGUUUGAAACCCGCUGACACCUGGUGCCUCUCGACUUUGGUGAACACUUUGGUGGGGUCUCCAGAGGCUCGUCGAGACGCGCCAAACCGGAGGCUUCAGUUGUCACCGCGACACCACCGGAGAAACAUUACGUUCUUUUCAUCUUUUUAACUCUUUUAUCGCUGUUUAUUUUACGCUCGAUUUCGUUUGUGGCUUCAAGAAUACGCUCCUCUUCACUUCACCGAUUUUUCGACCCAGCGUUCUUCCGCCUCAUUUUUACCUAUUGAAACAACGUACGAAUUGAAUUGCCAAUAUAAUUCGACGAGCAGAGUGUUUAAGUGCCGUAAAUUCCAGAGAAGAAAGGUGUGCGUCGUCGCUAUUUUAUCAACGAUGAUGCUCGAAGAAUUCAAGAAUCGUGUGCAAUUGAUCAGUGUUUCCGUAAAUUAUGUAACCUCGCACGUUCAGUGAAUUUUUAUUGUAUUUUACCCGAAGCAGUGUCGGCUGGUUGUUCGAGCAGCAUAAUAAAUCUUGGGAAUCCGUGGUCCUUGAGGAAAAUCUGCGGAAGAAGAUUACGUUCUUACUGGACAGAUUAAACGAUCUCAGAUGGCAGGGUUGUAACUGUCAAAAACCGGAAACGAAAAAAAGCGCGGAAAACACUGCACUAUACAGGAUGUAAACAGAUGCGAAUCGGUAAGCCGGUGCAACAAACUUUAAGCGGUUGUAUUAGACAUUUAUUUAAUUCUAAAGUAGGUUUAUAGUUAUUCGGUACUAUCUCUUAGGAAAAUUCCUCGGAUAUAAAAGAUUUUUCUGCAGAGUCACCAACGCACCUGAAGAAAUAUGCAAAUGUUCCAGUGUCGUAAAACAAAAGCAUAAUUGUGUAUAAGUGCAGAAUUAAUGAUAUAUAAAUUUUCCUCGGUCGCAUAUUAUAAUUUGCAAAGAACUCUUUUUAUUCUUCAUAAUUACGAGAGUUAAGACGUCAGAAAUUGCAUCACCGAGGUUAAGUGUCGUUUUCGUUUUAACACAACACGAACGAUAAAGUAAUUUUUAUUUCACGAUCAUAUUUUUUGCUGAUUUCGUCAAAUAUGCAAAAUUCUUCCCUUUAAAAUAUUCUGCCACGAACGAAUUAUACUUCAACAUGGGAUCAUAAUAAUCGCGCUCUUAAGUGGCUUAUACAAAGGAUCGUAAUAAUUAAUGUUAGCAACUCAGUAAACAUAUGCGCAUGCUGCCAGUAUUAUUAAAGAGGAAGUGUAAACAUAAAAACUCAGUCUAAAAAGUUUAUUUACAAAUAAAAAUUAAGAAUACAAUAAACAUUUGCAUUUAUAAAAUUAUAGAAAACAUCAGUAAUAUUUGUCUCGUUGCAGUUGUCAAAGUGGUAACUUUUGACUUUAUAAACUUCCGGUUUAAGAAUUAAUACUUUUUUUAUUCGAGACACAUCUAUGGAAUCUUUUAACAUUGUUAGAAUCCUUAGUAAAUGAAUUUAUCCUCAUUGGCAACGCUAAAUUUUGGCAGUUACGUUUGCGGUACCGCGUAAUGCACAAAUAGAACGCAACACGUACAUCCUCAGUAUCGAAUUAAUAACUUGAGGUGCCCCAGAUACAAAAAGGUUUUGGUACUUAUUCAUAUAUUCAACUUAAAGUACAAAUCAUAAAAUAAACUUUCAAAAUGUAACAUUUGAUUUUCAGAAUUUUCGUAUGGAAAUUUUGACACUGAAAAAUAUGGUGCAUGUCUUUGGUAAUGAAAAAUUUGAGUGAUGCCCCCUUCUCUCGAUGCUCGAAGAACGUACUUAUCUCGUCUAAUGAUUAUUCCAGCUUUGUUCGUUCUAUUUCCUACAAUUGCAAGUGCGAAUGCUGAAGCCACGUCAUUAUUUAGAAAAACAUAUGAGGCAAGCUAUACGAUUACAUGAUUUGCUAUAAAAAAGAGCCAUGAUGUUAGGUUGAAGCGAAGCAGACGUACGGCUAGAAAUAGACAAUAGUGACUUCACUCAAAUAGUAGAAUCAUUACGAAUUCUUUUGUUUUAAGGUUAACUCAUCCGUGCAAGUUUCCAUACGCAAUUUAAACAGAAGUGUUGGAGGUGGUGUCCCCCUUUUCUCUUUCAGGAGAGGUAUAAAAUCUUCCUGAAUGAAGUGAUUAUACAUUUUAUGUUACAUUUUUGGGUGUGAGUGAGCUGUCAGUGUCAAAUGAGUUAGUUACUUUGUGACUUCGUCUUUAUUACUAUUUUAUCAGAUAUCCAUAUUUUCGAGUGUUUAUCAAAUUUCUGAGUCGUGAAAUUUCCGAUAGGUCAAAUAAAACCUAAAUUCUAAAUUUGUAAAAUCUGAAUUUGUAUUUCUAAAUUUGUAUUUCUAAAACCUAAAUUUGUACGUAUCUCGUUCUCGCUCCCGCCCAAAUAUGGUAUUUGAAUCUUCCCUAGCCCACAGAAGUAAAGGUAUCCGUGAAUGUUGUAAAGAGUUCAGUAAACUCGCCGGUCAUGGUGACGUGACUGUGAGCAGCGCAUAAAGGGAGUUAAUGGAGAAAUGACUUAUUUCCAGCCGUAACCCGAACACUGGCCCGGCCAUAGGGUACGAAGCUCUUAAUUUUGGAAUGUAAGAAGCGCGAAAUUCAAGGCACAGAUUCCCGAAAAUAUAAUCGAAAAGUUAAUAAUAUUAAUUAAUGAUAAUACGAAUCUUAAAAAUAAGAUUUACGAUGUAGACAAGUCGUUUAUAAUUAAUGUUAAUUAACACUUUAAUACUAUUUGUUCCGCCUUGCGUUAGAGAUUGAAAUCUGUGGCCUUAAAAAUGGAAGGAAAUGCAUGUAGCAUUGAGUGAAACUUAUAAAGAAUUGUUAUCUGUACAUCCUGCUGAUACAAACCCACCGGAUAAAUUAACAUUCUGUAACGCGAUCAUCUUUACGGGGUGACGGAUAGCGUGCGCACGUGACCGCUCACGUGAAUGGAACAUCAGAGAAAUCGACGAAUGCCGAUUACCUAUAUAUAUUAUCCUUGCCCUGGAUCAUUGGGGAAUUCGACGCGUGACUUACGACACGUAGAGGCAGAUUAAGAGAAAUUCCCCUUUUAAAGUGCGAAUCAGCUACCGUGAGUCAUACACACAACCACGACAAGGUGCAGGUGUGUUUCCGGGAAGUUGAAGAUCUGUGGUCGAAGAUCAGAGGGUCGUGUAGUUUCUCCGUUCAUCGUGAAAGUGAAACCUUGAUAUGAGUUGACAUGUAAAUUCAGUCGCCGGAAGUGGAAAAAAGAAGAAAAAGAGCAGGAUGCCUGGCGAGAUGCGCGCGCAGCCCUUGAACUCUACAACGUACAAUGGUAACAGCAUGAUGCAGCCCGACGAUGAGAUUCAGUAUGCGCCAAGGAGCCGUCCUGUUAGCUUUUAUGACAAUUUCAAGGACGUGCCAAUGGUGACACCUUGCGUGACUUCCGCCUUAAGCGCCGACAAUUUAAAUCAGGUCCGCGAUAAUCCGUCGAUGACUGCGGCCAACAACAACAACAACAACAACAAUAGAGUGAGCAACGCAGUCAGUGUUGGCAACGUGUCGAAGAUCCAGGGCACCAGGGUCUCUGGCGCGGUUUCGACGGGGAACAUCGGGAAAAUCUAUCGAUCAGACAAGGAGAAGGAACUCGGUCGAGCUCCAUCGAUGGCCAACUGUUUGUCAACUACGGUUCCCGUUAAUCUGGCAGCCUCUCAAAUCGCCGGCCGACACACACCCACGAGGAAUUCCCUCAGGCACAGCAGGAUGAUUGUGCUGCACAGGAGUGGCCAUCGACCACAAAAGUUCCUCCCUCCAUUAGUCUACCACUGGCGGCUGGGAAGAUGUCUAGCAGCUCUGCAAACGAUUAUUGGUGUCGCGGUGACUUCGCUUUCCUUGUGGUUAUUGCUUUGGGCACCUCAUCUGCCCGUUGCGGAUAACCCCUACUGGAGUGGUAUGCCGUUAUUACUAUCGGGGAGCUUCGGAGUUUGCUUGCUCUGUUGUUUCAAGAAGGAAUACCCUGGGAUGAGUCCUGGAUUCUGUCUCACGUCGACGAAGGUAAUAAGCGUGUCCCUGGCAAUUUUGGCAACGGUGACCUGCUCCAUUGCGUGCGUAUUCUCAGCGAUACACCUGGUGCGCCUGAUGGGUUUGGAAUGCAACCCAGCGCGCGUUCUGCACGCUGCCUGCGUGUGCAGACCACGUGAGGACACUUCGAAUUCAACGGAAGCAGCGGUCAGGUACAUGGAUCUGAACUGUCCCGAAGUCGAAAGCAUUCUUACGAUCCUCCUGAUCUUCUCGUCCACUUGCAACGCUCUGGGAGCCGUGGUAGCCGGUUGGUAUACCUACCUGCACUGGAGCACCAGACACAAAAGGCCUAAAUACAUGCAAGUGAGAACCAGUCCAACCAGCGGAAACAGUUUCUUGAGCAGCAGACCGAUCUACAAUCCGAAUCUGAACGAACGAUGACAGUUUUUAUCUGAUAUGGACGAGGAUGUCUCGUACCUUCGCUAUUCUUCUUUGACGAUGGAUGACGGAGUGUUUUAAGUUCACGAGUCUUACAGCGAACCAAACUUUCAAUUUGAUGGUUGUGUUUUCUACGAGUUAGAUAUUAUUUACGAUUAACCCUGUAGUCUUAGAUUUUCAUGCGGACGCUUUAGGCGAAAAGUUUGUAUUUGAACUUCAUUUGUCAAACGUUCGAAAUUCUUUGCUAAAUUUGAGGAGAAGGGUUAAACAAUUAUUGCAUGGAUCUAACACUUAAAAUCUAACAGAGAACUAAUGAGUUAUAAUUUAGCUACCGGAGGCAAAAGCCUGAAGCGUGCAUAAACUAGUCUCUCGGUUGUAUGAGUAGAUCAGUGGAUGGUUCUCGAAGGAAAGAUCAUUGUGAUCCUUGAAAAGAAGGACGAGUGAUCGUUCUCUUCGAUCGAAUCAUAUUUAAAAGAAUAGACAUUAAAGAAUGACGCGAAGAUCAUAAUGGAUAAUAACCGUCACGAUGUGUUCUGAAUAUUUAUUGUACUCUAAGCGUUAUAUUAUCAUGUAAGUACUUUUUAAAUAUUUAUAAGGAAUCUCGAACGUAACCGCAUUUAAAGAUCGGAUAAAACGAAAAAGUAAAUCACGUGCGACAUUUACAUAUCAUUAAUUCGUGUCUAACGAGGAAGAAAUAGAUUUCUGUUCAUAGCGGGAAAUAUUAAUAAUGCAUGGAACACAUUUAAAGGAAACUUAUCCAUGAAACGAGUGAAAUACCAUAAUGAUUGCGAUCGAAUAACGGGUCACUCUGCGUGCAAUUCCACGUGGGUCGUCAGUAUUUUAGGUUGUAAUUUAUAAGUGAAAUUAAAUGAACGUGUUGUGAGUGUUUGUACGUGUACGUAUUUAUAAUAUGAGCAAAUGACGAUGAGUGAAAGCUCGAUAAUGUCUUGGACUUCUUACCUCAAAAUUAUCGUCUAACAAGAUAUAAUUACGACUAGUAACUUAUACCGUAGAAAUAGAUGCGAGGACCAUUUUGUCAAAUCUUCAUACAAAAUAACGAAUAAAUUUUAAUAUUAAAACGUGAA